AUGAGAUUUGAAAAGAGUUUCAAUGAUAAUAAUGAAAUUGAAUUGUUACAAAUAAGAAAAUCUCAUGAAGAAAAAUUAGAAAAAGUCUUGAGCGAAAUUGAAAAAUUAGAAAAUGAAGAAAUUCUAUUAAAUAUUCGAAUUAAACAAUUUCAAGUCGAAGAUUUCAAAAAUGAAAAUGAAAUGAAACAUUUCUUUGAACAACGAAAUCAAUUAAUUGAACAAAUCAAUGAAAUCACAAAAGAUUUUCAUUUAACUGAACAAAU